CCCGGGGAGGCGAGCUCAGCACUGAAACUUCUUCGUGGCUUUCGCCGGAGAACUGGGCAUGCUCAGGAGGCAGGAGGCUUUGGGCUUGCAAGUGGGAAGCUUAUGCCUUACCGCGGCCAGGUGGAGUCCGUCCAUGGGAGCGAGCGGCCAGCGCCAGGGCCCGACGCCGCUGCGCUGCCCAGCUCCGGUGCCAGCCUGGGCAGACCCCGAGCCAGGAUGUCCUCCUUGGCUGCAUACGACAAAGAGGUUAGCAGUGGGAGCUAUAACCUGUCCAGUGCAACGACAGGAAGUUACUACAGCUGUGUCAGCCAGAUCACCAUAGGUUAUGAUGUUGCUGGGCCAGUGGCUAUUGGGUUGUCCCACUGGAAGAACCCAUAUGCUCAAGGUGGACCUCCACUGUCAUCUGAUCUGCCUCUCUUCAUCUCCAAAGAUGCAGGCAUUCCUGUGUAUCACCGUUCUUUUACUCGAAAGACUGAUGUAGGGACCCCUUUGUCUUGCCCAGCUUCACUGUCCAUCACUCCAGUGCCUUCUUACAGCAGCAGCAGCCAAGAGACUCUUAGUCAAGAUACGACAGGUUUAAGUGUAUCUCUUCAUGGGGCUGAAAAGCGUUUGCAAAUCCAUCAAAGGCGAAGUGUGGUCAGCCGUCCAGCCUCCCAUCGACCACUUGUGGUUAGGCAUUCUUCACUCCCACCUGUCCGAAGGUCAAUAAAAAUGGAGGCAUCCUCAUCUGGAGUCGCUAAUGGGAGAACCAAAAUUCUCCAUCCAGAAGGCCGGGUGGAUUUGCAAGGUUACCCACUGGAUAUGCCAAUGCAGACUGACGGCCCAAAGAGUGAUGUGGACUUUUCAGAAAUUCUUAAUGCAAUACAAGAAAUGGCCAAGGAUGUCAACAUUUUUUUUGAUGAAUUAGAAGCUGUCAAUAGUCCUUGCAAAGAUGAUGAUUCCCUCCUUCACCCUGGUAAUUUGACCAGUACUUCAGAUGAUGCAAGUAGAUUGGAAGCAGUGGGAGAGGUAGCACCAGAAAAAAACAGAUCCAAUGGACUUUAUUUUAGAGAUGGAAAAUGUCGGAUUGACUACAUCCUUGUGUACAGGAAAACCAACCCACAGACUGAAAAGAGGGAGGUAUUUGAAAGAAAUAUCAGAGCAGAAGGCUUGCAGAUGGAGAAGGAGUCCUCUGUCAUAAAUAAUGACAUUAUCUUCGUGAAGUUGCAUGCCCCUUGGGAGGUGCUAGGCAGAUACGCAGAAGUCAUGAAUGUCAGAAUGCCUUUCAGGAGAAAAAUCUAUUACCUGCCCCGCCGGUGCAAGUUCACGAGCAGGAUCGAUAAACAAAUAAGCAGGUUUCGAGGAUGGUUACCUAGAAAGCCUAUGAGACUGGACAAGGAGACACUGCCCGACCUGGAGGAAAACGACUGCUACACUGCCCCUUUCAGUCAGCAAAGGAUCCAUCACUUCAUCAUUCACAACAAAGACACUUUCUUCAACAACGCCACCAGAAGUAGAAUCGUGCAUCACAUUUUACAAAGAAUUAAGUAUGAAGAAGGAAAAAACAAAAUUGGUCUGAAUCGAUUGCUUACUAAUGGCUCCUAUGAAGCUGCAUUCCCACUUCAUGAGGGAAGUUACAGAAGUAAAAAUUCCAUUAGGACUCAUGGAGCAGAAAACCACAGGCACUUGCUAUAUGAGUGCUGGGCCUCCUGGGGCGUGUGGUAUAAAUACCAGCCCUUGGAUCUCAUACGGCGGUAUUUUGGCGAGAAGAUCGGUCUCUACUUUGCCUGGUUGGGCUGGUACACAGGAAUGCUCUUCCCAGCUGCCUUCAUUGGACUCUUUGUCUUUUUGUAUGGAGUUACCACUCUGGACCACUGCCAAGUCAGUAAAGAAGUCUGCCAAGCUACCGAUAUCAUCAUGUGUCCUGUGUGUGAUAAAUAUUGUCCUUUCAUGAGGCUGUCAGACAGCUGUGUUUAUGCCAAGGUAACCCAUCUUUUCGACAAUGGAGCUACCGUCUUUUUUGCUGUUUUCAUGGCCGUCUGGGCGACAGUUUUCCUGGAGUUUUGGAAGAGAAGGCGAGCAGUAAUUGCUUAUGACUGGGACUUGAUCGACUGGGAAGAAGAGGAGGAAGAAAUACGGCCCCAGUUUGAAGCCAAAUACUCCAAGAAAGAGCGGAUGAACCCCAUUUCAGGAAAACCAGAACCUUAUCAAGCUUUUACAGAUAAAUGCAGCAGACUUGUUGUUUCUGCAUCUGGAAUAUUUUUUAUGAUCUGUGUGGUGAUUGCCGCUGUGUUUGGAAUCGUCAUUUACCGUGUUGUGACCGUCAGUACUUUUGCUGCCUUCAAGUGGGCUUUAAUCAGGAAUAACUCUCAGGUCGCGACCACAGGAACAGCAGUGUGCAUCAACUUUUGUAUCAUCAUGCUGCUGAACGUGUUGUAUGAAAAAGUUGCUCUUCUUCUGACAAAUCUAGAGCAGCCUCGCACCGAGUCUGAGUGGGAGAACAGCUUCACUUUGAAAAUGUUUCUUUUUCAGUUUGUCAAUCUGAACAGCUCUACCUUUUACAUCGCGUUCUUCCUUGGCAGGUUCACAGGACACCCAGGUGCCUAUCUGAGGCUGAUAAACAGGUGGAGACUAGAAGAGUGCCACCCUAGUGGAUGCCUUAUCGAUCUCUGUAUGCAAAUGGGAAUCAUAAUGGUGCUAAAGCAGACGUGGAACAAUUUCAUGGAGCUUGGCUACCCGUUAAUUCAGAACUGGUGGACGAGGAGAAAAGUCCGUCAAGAGCAAGGCACGCAGAGAAAAAUCAGUUUCCCACAAUGGGAAAGGGACUAUAACCUGCAGCCCAUGAAUGCUUAUGGGCUCUUUGAUGAAUACCUAGAAAUGAUUCUUCAGUUUGGCUUCACAACUAUCUUUGUCGCAGCCUUUCCCUUGGCACCACUCCUGGCCUUACUGAACAACAUUAUUGAAAUCCGACUGGAUGCAUACAAAUUUGUGACACAGUGGAGGCGACCUUUAGCUUCAAGAGCCAAAGACAUAGGAAUCUGGUAUGGAAUUCUCGAAGGCAUUGGGAUCCUCUCUGUGAUCACAAAUGCAUUUGUCAUAGCCAUAACAUCUGACUUCAUCCCUCGCCUGGUUUACGCUUACAAAUAUGGACCCUGUGCGGGCCAAGGAGAAGCUGGACAAAAAUGCAUGGUUGGGUAUGUUAAUGCCAGCCUAUCUGUGUUUCUCAUUUCUGACUUUGAAAAUCGAUCUGAGCCUACAUCAGAUGGAAGUGAAUUCUCUGGAACACCACUAAAAUACUGCAGAUACCGAGAUUAUCGAGACCCUCCUCACUCGCUGGUCCCCUAUGGCUACACACUGCAGUUCUGGCACGUUCUGGCUGCACGUCUGGCUUUUAUUAUCGUAUUUGAGCAUCUUGUAUUCUGCAUUAAGCAUCUGAUCUCCUACCUGAUCCCAGACCUUCCAAAAGAUUUAAGAGAUCGAAUGAGGAGAGAAAAGUACCUAAUUCAGGAGAUGAUGUAUGAGGCUGAACUGGAGCGACUCCAGAAGGAACGCAAAGAGAGGAAGAAAAAUGGGAAAGCUCAUCAUAAUGAGUGGCCUUGACUGGGUAACUAACUGUUCAUUUGAAUGCAAAGGAUCUGUCUUCUGUUUACUUAUUCCAACUGUGGAAGAGCUCUACCUUUAAGAGAAUAAAAAAAAAUGCAACUUCAGUGCACGUCACAGACAUUUUCAGUAGCAAGUUGGCUGGCACACCGCAGAGGAUUUACUGUGAAAUCAUUUUGCGAUCCAGCAUAUGACUGCUAUCCAUAGACCAUUUUCUUGACAAAGCAAGCAUGUACUCCAUGGGCAGUUAUAUAUGUGAAUUUAAAAAAAAAAUCAAGGGAAAAUUGUAUACAUGGACUGUUUUCCAGUCUGUUUCCUACCUUUUUUGAAAUAUGUCCCGUGUGAAUUUUACAGACUAACCAAAAAAAGUAUAUAAAAAUCUGGAUACUUAGGCAUAACAUUCCUAGCAUUGUCCUACAUCUAUGGCACCAAACACAACCAAGACCCUGUUUACAAAUUUAAUCUUGUUUUUUUUUUCUAAAACUUUCAGCUCUUUCUGAGGAGUGAUUACAUGACAUCUCUACAGCCAUCAGUGUAUGGCCAGGGAUGUAUGUGUGUAUGUACAUAUGUAUAGUCACCUAUCCCUACAUAUGUACAUACAAUUACAGUUCUACAUUAUAAAUAUAUAUAAAGUACAUAGAGAGAAAUUCCUUAUUUGUAAAUAGCCAAAAGGUACAAAGAAUGUUGAAUUUUCACAUUCAAAUAGUCCUCCACAUAAAGCCAUGUUUAAUGCUUCAAUAAUGUGAUGCAAUAAAAUUUAAAAGAAAUUA